CGUACGUGACUCUCUCGCCCCCUCUCUGUCUCUGCCUCGCAGGAGAACUCGUACUUUUAUACCGGGGCUAAAUUUAGGGGGCUGGCCGGCGCGCAGCGUCCUCAUCCUGGACGCGCUUCCUGAUUUGCGCUGCGAAUCAAUAUUUAGAAGAAAAGCAGCUCUUCCAGACUCACAGCUGCACAUGAGAGGAGAGGCAGAACAAGCGACACACACCGGACUGUGCUGACUGCCCUGAACACAAAGAAAGUGUCUUCUGUCAGUAUUUAAGGAAGUAUUUUUCUAUUUUUAAAGAACGCGUGAAAUGGCCUUGAGUGGGACCAUUUUACCAUCAAUCUCUACGUUUGCCAACCAAAAGGAGAAAUGUUGGGGAGAUAGGUGGAAGGGUGACACAAGCGGUGUUGCUCCCAACACUGACAGCAGCUGCCUGGGCAGAAAAGACGAAGAGGACCUGGAUAAGUUCUUGGAUCUUGAGUUUAUUCUCGCUAACACCGCCGUGUCCGACAGUGCGCCAGCCGCUGGAGCAGAAUCCUACCGGCUCCAGGAGUCCGUGUUCCCCCAGCAGCAGCAACAUCACACCGGGAUGCCCCAGCAGCCGGUCGAUUACACCUCUGUCCCGGACAUGAGCAGCCCACCGCCGCCCUACAACAGCCUGAUGGCGGAGCUCCUUCGCUCCGACGUGGACACCAGCUUCCUCCCUGGAAACAACCCCAGCAUCCAGGGCAGAUUCCUGGUCAGCUCCGCGCCUUUCCAGACCACUGAGGAUUUAUUCCCCGAGCUUCCGAGCAUUAAAGUGGAGCCAGCCUCCAUGGACACGUACGGACCCGUCAUGGGUCUGGUGCCUCAGAGCUGCACCAAAAUCAAGCACGAGGGGAACGUCGCUUGCAUGAUGGCAUACGAGCAACAGCCUCGGCUGGCAAACUCCCCGCAGGCCGCGGUGGGCAGUAUGACGCCGCCACUCAGCCCGGACGACCUCCGGAGCUCCGAGUGCCACCAGCCCCCGAUGGCGUUCCCGCAGAGCUUCCACCGACACCGCUGCCCGCCCGGGGGGUUCCCUCACCCGCACGCCGGGAUGCAGCUCUCCUUCCCUGGCGCGCACCACCAUCACCAGUUCCCCGGCAUGUUCGGGGAGGACGCCGCCAUGGGCCUGCCGCUGCAGCCGGCGGCCGGCCAGCGGGUCCUGCUCACCCCGCCGUCCUCCCCGCUGGAAAUGAUGGACACCAAGCCGAAGAGGGGCCGUCGGUCCUGGCCGAGGAAGCGGACUGCAACGCACACCUGCACUUUCACCGGCUGUGGGAAGACCUACACCAAGAGCUCCCACUUGAAGGCGCAUCUCAGGACACACACAGGAGAGAAACCUUACCACUGCAGCUGGGAGGGCUGCGGUUGGAAGUUCGCUCGUUCCGAUGAGCUCACACGUCACUUCCGGAAGCACACCGGACACCGGCCGUUCCAGUGUCACCUGUGUGAGCGGGCCUUCUCCAGGUCCGACCACCUCGCCCUGCACAUGAAGAGGCACAUGUGAAGACAGUCUGAUCGACCAAAAUGAAGCUGGCGAGGACUACUAUGCACCCUAAAACUGAAAAAAUCCUAUGAUCAGCUAUACUAUGCAAAUAUAUAGACACGAGUGGCUAUAGGAAUAUUAACUGUAGUGGUACCAUGACAGCAUAACUGCCAUACAGUAUGAUGAGGCCACUGUUGACUACACUGUAAUACCUAUAGGUAUAUUAUAGGACUAUUAUAGUGACUUUUCAUUCUGGCAAAGGGAGCAUCCAGGUGAGAUGCCCUCAGAUUAUAUUUUCUAUCUAUUUAAAUGUUAUUUUUGAAAGAAACAAACCACGAAACAAGUAGGAAAUACAGUCAGAUACAACAGAAACAGAUGACUUCUGUUUGGACUAAAGUUUUCUUUUUGUUUUUCACUCGAUGUAGCUGGUACUACUUCUUUGUAUGGAAUGUUGUUUAUAUAGACAGCAAAUUAAAGGAGCAUUCCACUCAACAUGUCAGGCACAUGCCACUGAAGCAACUGGAAGCAGACAAUCCUUUGAAGAGCAAUGAUUUUUUUUUUUUUUUUUUUUUUUGUAUUUGCACCAUUAGUGCCUUGUUUAACACAUUAUACAUUAUGCCAUACUCUCCACUGGCUAAAACACAAUCAAAGUUUUAUUCUCUGUGUUAUUUUAUAAGUGUUAACAGCACGUGAAAUAAGCUUUGAGACAAUGUUUUGUUCUAAAACUGCCUUUCAUUCCGUCCUCCUUGAAGGCUUGAAUAGAAUGUGUCUGUGAGUCUGUCUGUUAUCUACUAGUGUUUGAAGUCAGGGUCUUACAGAAGUCUCACAGAAGUGCAUGCCAUCUCAGCACCACCUGAAUGACAAAGGGCUACACAGUCUUUGGCAUAAAGCCUUGUUCGUUUGUGUCUUGAAGAAAUGUACUGCCUUGUAAAUAGAAUCUUUUUUAUAUAAUGUAAAUAGUUUAUUUUAAUGUACAUAUUAAACUAAAUGAACA